AUGUCGCUAGUUCGAGUGAAAUCUCAAUUCUGCUAUGGGAUAUCUCAAUAUGAUCGAUGUUCACCAAAUAGUGCUUGUGCCUGUUUCUAUAUCGCAGGUGCUAUUGACAUUGGUAUUUGUAGCGAUGAAUUCGUCGAUUGUUCUGAGCUAGUUACAUGUGAACAGCCAGACAACCUUUGUCAUGAGCCUAAUCAUAGAUGUGUUCAUCAUCCUCGAUGUCGCAAUCUUCCGGUUUGUUAUCCAGUCUCGAGUUUUAAUCGACAACUUUGUCCACCGACAGCAAUGAUUCCUAAUAUUCCUGUUAAUGCUCGAUGGACACAGAAUGGUGUGACCGUUGCUGGAGGCCAUGGACGAGGCAAUGGCACGAAUCAACUCUAUCGUCCUCUCGGUCUCUUCGUUGAUGAUGAUGAAACGAUGGUCAUUGCUGACUUCGAGAAUCAUCGUAUGAUGCAAUGGAAGAUGGGUGAUACGAAUGGACAAGUUGUAGCUGGUGGCAAGGGCCUUGGAUAUCGAUUGGAUCAAUUCAAUUUUCCGAGUGAUGUGUUGAUCGACAGAGAGACAAAUAGUCUCAUUAUUUGUGAUAAUGACCGAGUGGUACGAUGGUCUCGUCAUAGCGGCACAACUCAAGGAGAAAUUCUCAUCAAAGGCACCUCUUGUGCAGGACUGGUCUUGGAUAAUCAGAGACAUCUCUACAUCGCUGCUAUGAGCAGAGCUGAAGUAAGACGAUAUCGAAUAGGAGACAACAAUGGAACUAUCGUGGCUGGUGGCAAUGACUGGGGUUCUGGUCUCCAUCAACUCAACACUCCGUCCCGCAUCUAUGUCGAUGAACAAGAGGCUGUCUACGUGUCAGACAGCGAAAAUCAUCGUGUAAUGAAAUGGAACAAAGGUGCAAAAGAAGGAAUUGUUGUUGCUGGGGGUCAAGGCAAAGGAAACUCUCUGACACAAUUGUCGAAUCCUUGGGGACUAUUCGUCGAUACAUUGGGUACCAUCUAUAUAGCAGAUCGCAACAAUCAUCGAGUGAUGCGUUGGCUUAAAGGAGCAACACAGGGCACUGUCAUUGUAGGUGGCAAUGGUGAUGGAGAAGGAGCUAAUCAGUUGGAUCGUCCUAUAGGUUUGUCUUUCGAUCGACAUAGAAAUAUAUAUGUUGCCGAUCAAUAUAAUAAUCGUAUUCAACGUUUUUCUAUCGAGUAA